AUGGCCGUUCUCUCUCGAGCACAUGGUCCCGCGCGCAUGCGCGUAACGACUGACAUUCUCAAUCUYCUGUACUUUUUGUYUGCAAUUCAUCUACAAUUCACAUACUGCUGUGAAGUGUACCGCUUCGCUGAAAGCGCUGAACAAGAGGCUCUUGAGGGUCACGUGAUCAAGACCGUAACCAAAAACAUAAAGAAUCUCUGCUGGGGUGACUGCGUUUGGUUGCCAUGGUGCUUCUCGAUAAAUGUUCGCCAAACAAGUGAAGGAAUGUUUUUAUGUGAGUUGAAUAACUCAAGUAAAAAAGCAAAUCCACACAAGAUAAGGAAAAGAGAGGGAUGGUUUUAYCAUGAAAUGACGAAUAUAAGUACCAAAUUUUGCUAUUUGGGUGAAUGCAAGAGAAAAGAAGAUCUGGGCAAUGGAUGGCAUCGUUAUUGGGACGCUUCUAUCAAGCUAUUUUCAGAGAAGAAGAACUGGACCGAUGCUCGUCACUAUUGUCAGUCGUUAGGUGGUGAUCUUCUCUCCAUUACUAGCUCACACGAAAACGACUUUGUAAAGGAAGUCUUUCUGAAGCAACUGAGCAUACCCACCAUUAGAAAUGAUGUCCCAGACUUUGGUGUACCUUACCAAGAACUGCGGUUGAACCAAUCUUCGCCGAGUGUAGAGUAAGUAGUUUUCAUAACAGAUCUCAGUAUCCCUAACUGGGCACUGGGGAGUCCCUAUGUGCGCAAGCACUUUUCCUUCCUUCCUUCCUUCCGUCUUUUCGUUCAUGUACCACCUCAGGAAACCGCGAUCAAGGAAAAAGAGUUCAGUAUACAAAUCUAUAAUCGACAGGAAAAAAAAAAAAGGAAAAUCGACUUACAAAAUAAAUAAUAUACUAGCUCCAAACGGUUAACGAUGAAAGAGAAAAUAUAAUAUUAUACAAAAAAGAAAAACUUUUUUGAGACAUUUGUACAGUCCUUAUAAGACACAUGGAAUAAAAUAAUGAAAUAAAAAAAAAAUAAUUCUUUAACAUGAUCAAUGUGAUGAUUUUUCAGCACAAGAAUAAACAAACCCAUCGAGCACUCAUAGAGUCUAUCUCGAGCAUUGAACAAUAAACCCUUUAACCAAACUGUUCUACGCUGCGUUAGCAUCAAAACCAUGAAUGAAUUCUCACAGGCCGUGCAAAUGCAAGAGAUAAGUGACCAGAAGACA